UCCGUGUUAUUUUUGGUAGUUCUGAUACCUGCAGAGACACAAACGACUACUCUUUUUGCGUGGAACAAAUACUACCAUCUGUUACUGAGCGACCCCAAAUCAUCAACAUUCAACAUUCCGCAAGGCAGUAAAAGGAAUGAGGACGGUCGGUCUGCACUCAGUCUCCAGGUAGUGAUCUAACACUCCAGCGUUUUGUUUUGACACGAGUUGGACCCUGUUCCCUUUUUUAAAACCCGACGCGAGAAAUACAGCAGCUUCCGGGAUGAACGCGCUGCUGUGGCGGUGUCACCUCCGGCGGUUGGGAACCUGGAGAGGUUUCCAUGUGACAGCACCUGUGAUGAACUUUGACCUGAGGAAAGUCGACCUGACGCCUCUGGAGCAGCGAAAACUCACCUUCGACUCCCACAACAUGGUGACAGAGCUGGAGAGCAGCGGAUUCGAGAAGCGUCAGGCAGAGCUGAUCGUGUCUGCUCUGGUCACUCUGACCACAGCCAACAUGGACAUCGUUUAUAAAGACAUGGUGACCAAAUCGCACCAGGAGAUCGUCCUGCAGCAGAUCAUGGCGCACCUGGACUCCAUCAGGAAGGACAUGGUGAUCCUGGAGAAGAGCGAGUUCGCCAACCUCCGCUCUGAAAACUUAAAAAUGAAGCAAGAGCUGGAGCAGCUACAAAACCGACUGCAGGAGGAGAGUCAGAAAGUCCGAGCAGAAACCAAGUUGGACAUCAACCUGGAGAGAAGCAGGAUCUCGGACAUGUUUACUGAACAGGACAAGAGGCUGAUGGAGGUCAGCACGGACUUCCAUCACAAGAAAGCUGACCUUGAAAACGACAACAUAGAGAUCAACAAGAAGAUUGACCUACAGGUGGCCUCGCUCAAAACUCUCCUGGAGUCUCUGAAACUGGACACAGCCCGCUACCUAGCAGCGACGGUGUUCACCUGCCUCGCCAUUGCUCUGGGGCUGUACCGGCUGUGGAGGUGAAGGGUCCAUGUCGGCGCAGAGACCGUAUGGACACCUGCGACACAAAACCCGCAGGUUUGGAAACGUCUGACUCAUGCUCAGACUGGGCCAGUGUUAAAGAAGAAUCGAAGUGUGUGGAGACUCAGUCGGCCACUAAUAAGCUGAACCUGAUCGAGACACGCUGUUGAUUCCCUGUAUCAAAUAAGGAAGAGAGAAACAGCGGGUGUAAGCCUCAGACUGAGAGGCUCUCUGGGCCUUGUAACCAAGUGACCACGACAUGCUGCAGAUGCUUGUGUGUAACACUAUAGAUGUACCGUUACAAUUGUGAGAAGGCCAACAUAAAAUGUAUUAACAAAACCAAUAAACCUGU